CCUGCCCGGGGGAGCGCGGGGUAUUCCCCCUUGAAGGGUCAUAGCCCCGUGGGGGGCUCUGGGGUUGGGUUAUGCAAGGACGGGGGGUGCUGGUGCUUUUUGGGAUGCUCGGCCCCCACUGUGCUCUGAAAAAGGUCGGCGGUGUUUUUGUCCUGGCCUUAUCCCCAAAGCAGGGCGCUGGGGAGAGCCCCGCGGCUCCGGGAGGCUGCGGCUGCUGCAGCGCCAAAGUAGGUUAAAAUAAAGGGUGGAGAGGAGAAAAAGUAGGUUAAGGAAUACUCAGCAGCAGCUGUCUGGGACAAGAGCCGUGUCGGGUUUCUCUUUUUUUUUCUUUUUUCUUUUUUUCCGAAGCUGGAAAACCGCAGGGCUCCGAGCCAAAGGCCGGGGAUGCUGCGGAUGCUGCGGCGCAGGGCUGCGCCCGGAGCGGGGCCGCGGCGGGGCUGGGCGCCAUCCCAGCGCUUCCCCCGGGAUCGUUGGACUUUCACGCUGGAAUUUAGCGGCGGCUCGCUUGUUCCCGCAGUUCCGAUGGGGCCCGGCUGCGAUCGUGCCGAGUUUCGCUCCAUCUGCCGGACAAUCCCCUCCUUGUCCGAGGCUGUCUCCAGCAGCCGUUCCCCAAAGUUUUCCCGAACAGUUGCUGCUUUUUCCCUCUGUUUGUUCUGCGGGAGCCAUCGGCUGAAACCCUGCUCCCCCACGGGGAGGGGAAGUCCUCACUGGAAUCCCAGCGGGAGGUUUAGGUUACAGAUUGAAUUAAGGGGGGCUGGGAUUAGAGGGCUCGUGAUCCGGAGGGAUCUGGGGAGGUUUCCAAAACCACGUCGCCUCCUCUGGUGUGUUGGCAUUAAUUGCACCAGCCAGGUGGGGUCUGGUGGAGCUUGGAGCAGCCAGGUCUGGCUGUUUAUUCUCGUACUUGGAGGGGCAAAUUCUGUCGGGUUUAGAAGUGUGUCCUGCAUCCCUAUGGCAGCGUUUUGUUCAUCUGAGGGAUGUCCUUAAUCCCUGGAUUAAGCUUGACAUCAGAUCAGCUGUAGUCCUGCUCCUGGUGGUGUUUAGAUCCAGUUAUCAUGGAAUGCUCCGGUGAGCCGGGAUGCUCGUGGUCUCUCAGCCACGGUGGGACCUUCCUGUCCUGGGGAUGCUUCAUCCCCAGCAGAGCCAGUCCCUCAUGUGUAAUUAGCUGCAUCUCGGGGUGGUGCUGGCCGCUAAUUAGGAGAAACUCGUCAGGCGCAGACUGUAAUGAAGCUCUGCCGGGGCUCCCACAGGACCGUGACGACCGGGGGGGAAUUUCCAUGCGGGUGGCAGGAUUUCCAUGCAGGCAGUAGGAUUUCCAUGUGGAGGCUGGAUCCGAGUUUGGGUCUCCCUGAGUGAUGAAGAGGAGCGGGAUGCACUGGUGGCUUGUCACCGUCCUGGGGGUGCUGAGCAGACCUGCCCAGGGGAGCUGCAGUGGCCCGGAGCAGGGGACCGCGGGAUGCCCGCCCGGAGAGGAGCCCAGCGGGGAUCCAGCGGGGACGUGCCGAGCUUGUCCCUCCGGCACCUUCUCCCUGGGGAACGCGUCCUGCGCCGCUCACACCCAGUGCCGGGCCGGGAACAGGGUGCUGGUGGCAGCGGGGACCGCGGCGAGCGACAGCCGGUGCGGAGCCUGCCUGCCGGGGUUUCACAGCCCUGGAGGGGAGAGGGAGCCCCGGGGCCGCUGCCUGCCCUGCGCCGCCGCUCCCCGCAGCACCCCGGGGUGCCCAGGCCGGCGGCGAGCCCGCAGCCCCGAAAUGCCAGGCAGGGCACCGGGAACCAACGGGACACGGGUGACCCUGCUGGGUGAGGAAGAGGAGGAGGCAGCAGCAGCACAGGCAGCCGUGCUGACCAUCGUCCCGGUCUUCUGUGCCAUGGGAUUGUUGGGCAUCCUGGUCUGCAACCUGCUGAAGAAGAGGGGGUAUCACUGCACUGCCAGCAAGGAGCCCCAGCCCAGCAGCACCGGUCCCAGCUCCAUCUACCAGCUGGAGGAUGCCAACGAGGACACCAUCGGGGUGCUGGUGCGGCUGAUCACCGAGAAGAAAGAAAAUGCAGCGGCGCUGGAGGAGCUGCUGAAGGAGCACCAGAGGCAACAGCUGAUGCCACCGAGCUGUGCCCCCCUCAAUAAGCUGCACCUCCUGCCUCAGUUUCCCCCUGCCUGCCAGCACCAGCAGCACCUGCACACGGUGCAGGGACCGGCCCCGUGUGCUCGCUGCAGCCAGAAGUGGCCCGAGGCGCUGCCAUCGCUCAGUGCCACCAAAGUCCCCAAACCCGGAGCUCAUCCCAGCGAGGUGACCAUCCUCUCCAUCGGCAGGUUCCGGGUGUCCCGGAUCCCUGAGGUGAGGAGCGAGGCGGGGGCUGAGCCCCUCCGUGGUCCCCUCCCCGCCGGCAGCGGGAUGUGACCCCUGCGAUGGAGCAGCACCACCGGCUCCCACGAGCAGGCACCUGGCCUGGGGGCUGCCUCAGGAGUCAGUGCCAGCCCCAAAGACCCCGUGGAGGGGGUGGAGGACGCUGGGCAUUGUGUGAAAGCCAGUCCCUCUCAGAGCUGUGAAGUGCUGGAGGUGGCGGCUCAGCUGCUGCUCCUUCCACCAAGGUGUCCAACAGCAGCACAGCAAAUCCAGCGUCUCGCUCGGCUGGUGAGAAGGAUUCUCUGUCCCUGAGGCCUGAUGGUGGCCGCAGCAUGGUGGCCUGAUAGACAGUAACUCCAGGAGCUGCCAUGCCGGUGCUGGUGGCCACAGGAAUCAUCAUCUCUGGGAACCAUGAUGCCACAUCACAGCUCCACUGGAAGCACAGAGGACACUGGAUGCCAUUUAAUGGUCACCUUCUGGGUCUGUUGAACUCUCCAGGACCAUCAUGAACUCCUGAUUUCCCUCCAUCACCUGGUGCCAGCGCUCAGCAUCACAGGAUAAUGAAUCACUGGAUCACGGAAUGACUCCUCCUUUCCCAACAACCCAGCUGGGGCAUGGAUUGCUCUGGGCAAAGCUGGUCUCCUGCAUCCCUCCAUCCAUCCAUCUGUCCUCCCUGCAAAGUCUCAGUUCAGGAGCACAUGGUGGUGAUGCUCACCAAGAAAAUCACACAUUUCACUUUCCAUAGGAAUUGCUUCCAUGGGAUCACACUGGCUUGGCCGUGUUGGGAUCACUGGGAUAACCCACCCAAGGUUGGGUUGGAGACCAUCAACCUCAACCAUCAACCCAAAAAAGGGUUUGUGGCUGGUCCCAUUCACCUCUCCACAGCAUCACAGUGCCAAAGAACCAACUACCAAACCCUCUCGGGCUCUUUUAUUUAUUUAUUUAAUUUUUUUUGGAAACAUUUUAAUAGUUAUCGAAUGUUCUACAUCUUACAGUAAAUAUCGUACAGUUACAAACUCUUGGCUGAAAUCUGUCAGGGAGAUCACGACCUGAUCUUCAGAACCAAAACCAGAACAGAAAACAAACGGGAAAAUAACCCCAAAUUUACACUUCAGAUGGACAAACUGUGGCUGUGGGGCUCUCCAGGGCAUCAGUCCAAGGCCAUGUUCCCUACACACCUGUGAGAUGUAGACUUGGAAGACGUGGUUACUCUUGGGUUUAAAUUUUUUGUUGUUGUUGUUCUUUCAGGGAAUUUUUUUUUUUGGUAUUCGUUUUUAUUUAAGAGGUCUAAUAAUACUUAAAAAUUA